AUGGCCUUCAACUUUACCCUGCCCCUGCGCAUCGUGCAGGCUGUUUUCACCGUCAUCGUCCUCGGCCUCACCGCAUAUGUUUGCGACUGGUGGACGUCGCAUUGGAUGGCGGCCUCGCCCGCCGAGGUCAACUACCUGAUCUUCGUCUCGGUCUGGACCAUCCUGGCGCUGGCCUACCUGAUCGUGGCCCCCGCCCGCUUCCCCGCCGCGGCGCACAAGUUCGCCAUACUCGGCGUCGAGGCCCUGACGAUGCUGUUCUGGUUCGCCGGCUUCAUCGCCCUCGCCGUGUGGCUGACGGACCGCUGGUGCUUCGGCAGCGUGUGCGCGAGCGCCCGGGCCGCGACCGUGAUUGGCGCGUUUGAGUGGCUUGCCUUUGCUGCUACGACCGUGCUGGCUUCGCUCCACGUGUGGAAGACGCGCAACACGAACAACACGCAGGCUGCGCCCGAAAUGCAGAUGAACGUCUAA